AACGCUUUCAACGUCGCUCGAGGAUGCUUCAGGCAUGACCCCUGGAAAAUGCGAGCUGCUGAAAUAUUGAUCAUAAAUUCUGUUAAAAUAAAGGCAAGCAUGUUGUGGUUCUGCGGACCGGAAACACAGCUGCACUCCCACAUAUCUAGCUUUUAGCUUGCCCACCAUCAAAGGGGAAAUAUCUAUUCAUCAUCAUGAAUCGAGAGAUUCCAGGGUUCUAUUUUGAUCCGGAGAAGAAAAAGUACUUCAAGAUCCAGGCCAAUCACAAAUCCACCCCAGGAUCCCAGUACUCAAAAGAUGCUGUCAAGCGAAAAAGAGCUGAUCAGGAGAAGCGACAACGGAAAGCGCGCUUUAUCCAGAGAGCUGAGACGGAAAAGAUUAAGAGAUCAGCUAGCUUACGACAUCCUCUCUUCCAAAUCCAAAGGGAGACAGGCGUACUCCCAUCUUCGAGGUCUCUUGACCACGAACAACAAGGACUGGCGUAUGCAAGUCAAUUAUGCCGAGCCCAGCUACAUGAGUUCGAACCGUGGCCGGACCAAUAUACCAUCAAACACGUUGUGCGCAAUCCGCGGUCUGGAAUCUUGAUUGCUAGCGGGCAUCGCGGCGGCGAGUCGUCAGUGUCAGUGUGUUUUCCUGAUUUCGAUCAGGAAAAGUGGACUUAUAAUCGGACUAUGGAACGACUUCUUUUCAAAGAGCAAUAUAGGCUCUCAUCGCUCUCUCUGAGCCAUACUGGAUAUCUCUUAGCGACGAUGGACAGCGGCCCAAACGGUGACUCCUUUCUUGCGCCACGGAUGCUCCCUGAUCCCGAUGAAGGAGGCGACUACCGGUGGCCUCCGUUCUUUUCACAUCCCAUCCGUAUCCAUACAACCUCUUCAUUAUGGUGCUCUUCGUCAUCUCCAACAGGUGACGUGCCCCGUUUCGCAGUCGGGACCUCCGACGGACUGUACACGCUGGAGGGAUUCGGAAGCUACUGGGCACUUUCCAAGAAAGGCUUGCCUGCCUCAGGACAUCCCAAGCACCGUCGCGUGGAUUCAUCCCACGCCCUUAUCACCGCGGUCGAAUGGCUUUCAUCAGAUGUGAUAGCAGCUGGACUGAAAGACUCGACCAUCUUCCUCCAUGAUAUUCGUAGCGGUGGGAGCGCAGCACGACUUCAGCACCCUCAUGCGGUCACAAAAAUUCGGAAUAUUGAUCCUUAUCGGAUCGUCGUGGCCGGUAUAAAUUCGCUCCAAAUGUACGACAUCCGCUACCCACCAAAUGGCCUCCAACGAAAUCCCAACCCAAACAAUAAACACCACACUUCCACCAGACCCUACCUCAGCUUCCUCAACGACGCUCCAGAGUUUAUCCCGGACUUCGACGUGAGCCCAGAGCUCGGGCUUCUGGCCAGCGCCUCUGAUGACCAUAAAAUUCAACUCUUCUCACUGCGCACUGGAGAGGGCGUGAUUUCACCGCUGACAAAAUACCAAUAUCGAGACCCGAUAACGUCUGUCUGUUUUGAGUCUGGCGGCCUGUCAUCGCACGCACCGCAGACGCCCAGUUUACUAGUCUGCUCUGAGGCGACAGUUGAUGAAUGGAUCUGGUGAAUCCGAUGGCGGCGCUGCUACCAUAGGGUCAAAUGUGGGCUAUCUAUGGAGGUUUUUUUCUUCUGGAGUUAUUCUAUUGUUACUCACUCUAAUGCCUUACCAAUAUGUUAUGAUUAUACGACUCUCAAAAUAUGAGACCGAGAAACUCCACACAAAAGCCCCCGAGAAGAAGAAAAAAAGAGAACACGGUAUCAAUCCAACCCACCAGCUAACCAUUCUCCGACCUCAACUCCAAUCCCCUUGGCCAUCUCCCCGAUCCAAUCACCGGAUACAUUCACGCACCAUUUCUCACCCACAUCAGCCGUCGUAUUCCCGCUGUUGACACCUCCAGAACCAAGACCCAUGCGACUCCCACUUGCACGUCCUGCAGCGGGUACGACCAGCCGUAGCCGACGCAGAGUAGCAAGCUCCGCGUAGAUCGUAUCGGCUAUUGCAGUGAGCCGUGAUGCGUUCGCGGGCGGAUUAGGGUCAAUAGCGUGAUAGAUUGCGAUAAGCCGCUCGAGGGGAAAGGGACGCGCAGUGAGAAUAGUUGACGGGCCCAUGAUACCAGGUCCGCCGCCGGGAGCGGAGGUUGUUGCGGACGAGGUAGCGAAGGCGGAGUCAAGGAUGGAUUUGGUGAUGCGGGUCUUUGUCCUCGAGCCCUUGCCUCUUCUCUUUGGCGUUGACGGAUCUUGGGCCUUUUGAUCUGAUGCUUGGGCCUGGGAGAGGACUUUUAGUCGCCUUCUAUGGUGUGCGCGUUUGUUUCGAGCGGAUAAGGAUGAAGAGGAGAAUUUGGAGAAGAAGAUUGUGUCAAGUCUUUGCGGGGUAUGUGAGGCUAGGUAGGCGGAGGUUAAGACGAGUGUAGCGAAGUAGGGUAGUGAUGGGAGGGGUGAAGGGGCCGAGACAGCUAAUGAGGAUGAUGACUUUAGGAGCGAGCCAUUUGCGGGAGGCGUGUCUUCGGUGACAAUGUGAUGGACGAGAGCUGCCUCGCCUCGCCGUCUGAACAAGGCACGGUUUUUGACUAGAAGUCGAGAGAAAUCCCAAUCCUCGUUGCCGCCCGGCGGAGCUUCACCGUUGGUGAUGGGCGACACGAACUGCGGCCAUAGCUUUUCACAAAUGGUCUUAAAAGCCGGUAUGGAACUUGCAGUGGGACCGACAAGAGAGUCGUAGACUGCGGAGACGAAGUGGGGAUAUAGUUGGGACGAAGUUUCGGCCGCAAGGCCGAGCACUGCCGGUGCGCCUGCAUUCAAGAUGAUGGUGGUGGCUUCCUUGCGGGUAUAGGGAGGGAAACUGAUAUGAGGGACACCUGUCGCCUGUAGGAAUAGUGGUCGCGGAGUAGAGCUUAGGAUUAAGACAACAGACAGGGACGGUAUCUUGUGGACAGGAUGAUUAGUGCGCUAUCUUCGAAUCGAUAGGGACAGUAUCUGACUCACCACUUCCCCUAGACGCGCCAGCGCCGACAGUAACGUAGGGGGUGCCUCUCGUUGUUUAUCGAUGCCAUCCAAAACCAGUAUAAACUUUUCAACCGGCUUCCCAGGGGUUGAAGCCAGACAUUCCCCGAGAAGCACCGUGAGGGAACUGACGUGCUCACACCUGCCUUUCCCAAAGCGCUCCCACUCAUCUCUUCGGCCGAGGGCGUCUAGUAUCGCCCAUAGUAUCUUGGUCAAGAGAUGGCGGCCUGUGAUGCACUCCGGACUCCGAACUAUAGCAUGCGGCACUUGGAUAGUUGAGAGAACAUUGCUCACGAUAGUCGAUUUGCAAGUGGCAGAUAUACCGUGGACUACGACAGUAGGUGGGCUAGAUAGUCCGGGCUAAGUUGAUAUGGUGAAUUGUUAACGAUAUGACGCG